UUGAGAAUUUCUUUGUUCACAUAGACUUCGUAGAGUUCGUUGAAUUAUAGUUGUUUAAAGUUGUUUAAUUUUCAAUAUUGCACCUGCCACUUUUUAUACGUCUAAUUUGAGCUUUGCCCAGUACUAUCGAUAGCCAAACAAUGGAGCAAGAGAAGAUUCCCGAGGCGGACAUGUGGUGCGUAUCGAAGAAUGCCCGUAAGCAUCGUCGCGUCGUUUUGGACUUCAUACCGAACAUUGCCCUGCCCAUUGUGGACUAUGCGGAUGUGGAUAGAAUCGAUUCAUUCUACUUAGAAUCUCAGGAAUAUCGAGACUAUUAUCGCGAUCCAUACGACAAGCUCCAUAAGCCACUCAAGUUCAUAUACCUUCAGGGCAAAUGUGGCGUUAAGCCCGAUACGAGUGUGGAACAGUUAAGGCAGCCAAAUAUUUGGGCUCCUAAACGGGUACCGCCAGUUUUGCCCGUCGAAUACCAGUCCUAUCUGAAUCUGGGUUUCAAUAUAGAGGAAAUAAUGAAGGGGCGCCACAGCAACCAGAGUUGCAACGUGUACAAACGAUAAAUUGUCGAUAAGAAAAUACGUUAAGUUGAAAUCGUUUCUCGACGUCCAGUACCAUAUCGAUGGGUUUAUUCAGUGCUUAAAAGUUAUGUAGACGAAUUUUAAGUAU